AUGACGUCGCGUGAAUAUCCCAAGGUUUGGGGAAAAUUCGACAGAAUUACUGAAGAUGGGAGAACUUUGACAUUUUUAAUAGAAGAUAUUCCAGAAGAUCUAUGGCAUACCGCCAUUGAAUUUAUGCUGGGAAAUUAUAUACGGGAAGACGUCUGGUGGACUACAGCCGGAACGGCAGAAGAUCCACAGGCGAUAGAAGAGUAUCGCGUCUUAUGGACGUCUAUUGUGAAACAGAAAAUGAGUUUGGCAUGUUUUCUCAUAGAGGGUGACGGAAAGGGACGCACGCUUGUCGGAGUGAACUUAUGUAUGCCGCAGGAAAAGGGGCACUUCGUUGAGCACAAUCCACCUAAAACGAAAGCAGGCGUGCUCUCGCUACGUAUGUUUAGCGAGGCUAUGAAAGUGACAGCGAUUUACGACAAAUACGACGUGAGUAAAUAUCUCAUGGGAGCUGGUCUCUCCGUAUCUCCGGAAUACCGAGGCCUUGGAGUAGCUGUGGAACUGCUUAAAUGUAGGAAGUUGCUGGCCAAAGAAGAAGGUCUUACUGUAACAGGAGGAAUAUUCACAAGUGCAUCGGCUCAGCGUUCCGCGGAAAAAGCCAGCAUGGAAUGUAUCUACCAAGUUCCGUACAAGAAAUUUGGAGAACAAUGCAAAAUCGAAUUUAAUACAUCUACCGAAAAUUUGAAAAUAUUCGCAGCGAAAGUUGAA